AUAAUUUUUAAUAGGUGAUAAAAUGGAUUGUUACUAGUUACAGUGAUUUAUUUUUUUUAAUAUUUUAUUUUUAUAUAUAAAUUAUAGAAAAUAUUUAUUAUAUUACAUUAGUAUAAAUUUAAAAUAAAAUGACAGUUGACAGUGAGAUGCCGCGUAAACAAGGGACAACGCAUAUGCAAUGGAUAAUAGCGAUACUAGUCAAUACAACAACACUCACAUAUGGUAUACAAGCCGCCUGGAUCUCGCCAACGACGAAAGUGUUACAAUCGGAAACGUCGUUAGUGGUGGACCAACCGAUAUCUGAUGCGAGUUGGACAUUGAUCGCCAGCACGAUGCCUCUAAUGGCAGUUUUUGGAGUACCGAUAUGCUCAUAUUUAGCAGACAAGUAUGGGAGGAAAAUGGGCAUUCUGGCAAUUGCUGUGACCCAAGCAUUAUGCUGGAUUAUAAAAAUAGUAACGACAAGCGUACCUGGUCUCCUCAUAGCCAGAAUCUGUGCUGGUGUAGCGGCUGGGGGCUGUUUCUGCAUCACUCCCAUGUACGUGAAAGAACUCAGCCAGGACAACAUAAGAGGCCUGCUGGUAUCUCUAAUGGGGCUGAGUCAGAAUUUGGGAUUUUUCUUAAUGUACGCAAUGGGAGCGUUUCUGGAUUACUACACGCUAUUAUGGAUCGUGGUGUGGUUACCUUUAGUGCUGAUAGCGUUGCUUAUAAAGAUUCCGGAGUCACCUGCUUUCCUGAUAAAAUCAGAAAAAUAUGAGGCGGCUGCAUCUACUAUCGCCUUCUUUCGAGGACUAAACCCAGAGGAUAAAGAAGUUGUCUAUGAAAUUGACUGUAUGAAGAACGAAAAUAUAUACUUCAAGUCAUUGCCUGAUAUCUCUUUAAUAAGCAUUCUAAAAAAUAAACCAUGGCGCAAAGGCCUCUUGCUUCUCUUGCUGGUCUUCACGUUUCAAGCGGGCAACGGCUGUUUUGCCAUUAUAACUUAUGCGUCGAGUAUCUUGGUUUCGUCUGGAGUCACUAUCAGUCCAGACAUACAGACACUUAGCAUACCAGCCGUGAUGAUUAUCGGCUCAGUAUUUUCUAUAGCGUGUGUUGAAAGAGUAGGAAGGAAGGUGUUAUUGGUGACAACUUUUGGCAUAACAGUAGCGUCGUUCCUGUGCCUCGCUUCUAUAAUGCUGGUACAGCACCAGGGCGGCAGCGUCCCGGGGUGGUUGUGCGUGAUCGCCAUAGUGGCCGCUGUGUGGGCGUACGCUGCAGGCGUCGCGCCAAUUCCAAACGUCAUUAUGUCUGAAAUGUUCAAUUUUCAAAUACGUGCAAAGAUGUUGGGCUGCAUAGUGACAUACGGGUGGUUUAUAUCAUUUGUACAAUUGAUUGCUUUCACGCCGAUCUCAAAUGUAUUAGGAACGUACGGCACGUUCUAUUGCUUCGCCGGAAUCAACCUCCUUGGUAUUUUUGUUACUCUGGUACUCAUGCCCGAGACAAAAGGGAAAACAGUUGAAGAAAUUACGUUGAUUUUGCAGCGAUGAAACAAAGGAUAUUUUUAGGUUAAAAUUCGAUUUUUUACAAUUCUUUGUAUGCUUUUUUUUUACCUUAUUUGAUUUUUGAAAAAAUAAAUAAUUUGAAUGAAACAUUACGAUAGACAUGAGCUCUAUGGGCAGAGUCCUUUGCCUUUCCCUUUGGGAAGGAUGAAGUAUAUAAAUUUGCAUUGUUAAAGGAAGAGAAAUGCAAUAACCUAUAUGUUAGAGCGAGAUAGACAAUAGAAAAAUAAUAUGCAAAAUAUCUGUGCCUCUAGUGAGAAAGGGUAUAACUCAAGUUAUAGCCUUUUUCUUUUUUAGGCUACUUUAAAAAAGCAAAUUUUUCUCUUUCGAAUGGUAUAAGAAUCGUAACGAUAUCUUUAAAAACAAUAGAGAUAGUAAACAUGUAAAAGGCUACAAUUAACAAAAUAUUUGUGGUAAAAAAGUCAUAAUUAGAAAUAAAACUACAAUAUUUUACAAAAAUUAUUUUUGUAAAAUGAAUCAGUUCGAUUUGAACCCUUUUACACCAUUUAAUAGCGAUUAUUUUUUUAUAGCGUAAAAUACACAUCAUUGUUUUUCUUCAAUACUUCAAUAAAAUAGUUUUAAUUCAACUUAAAACUAUUUUCACAUCAUAAUUUUAAUAUUUUUGUUAAGUGUGAUUAGGUAUAAUAGAAUUAUUUUUAAAACUAUAGGUUUUACACAAAAACCGACAAUUUCAUAAGAAAGAGGAGAAAAAAUUACUAUAAAUGCAAUCAUUGACUUGUUCAAUUAGCAAAUAAUAAAAGCAGCAGAAUUUUUUUUCUUUAUUUAAAAUAGUUUUUUGGCUCUCCUGAAAAGUGACCAUUUUGAAUUGAACCCUUUCUCACUAGAGGCACAGAUAUAUGGAACUUGAUCGCCGACGGAAUUUUGAAAUAAAAUAAUGUAAUGUAAACCUAAAGAUCUUCAUAAUACCUUUGAGUACUAGCUUAAAAGUAGAUUUAUAUUUUUUUGGUGUCAAAAUUAGUAAUAUAUUGGAAAUAUAAAGAAGUACCUAAUAUCAAAAGAAGGGACAGUAUUUGAAUACCAAAGCAUUAGUUUAAUACGAAUAAGUAGUUUUUUUUUAUACCACUGAGGUGGCAAACAAGCAUACGGCCCACCUGAUGGUAAGCGGUUACCGUAGCCUAUGAACGCCUACAAUACUAGAGGUAUUACGCGUGCGUUGCCGACGCUGAAGAAACCUCUUUACCUCCCUUUUGAAGAAUCCUGUAGUCUCUUGGGUAAACCUCGGCAUGGAGUAUAAAGUUUAUAAUAAAACAAAGUCUGCUAAUCA